GUGGCGUUGGUGGAUGGAGCGAUACAUGAUGUCCCAGAUGUGCUCAAUUGGAUUCAGGUCUGGGGAACGGGCGGGCCAGUCCAUAGCAUCAAUGCCUUCCUCUUGCAGGAACUGCUGACACACUCCAGCCACAUGAGGUCUAGCAUUGUCUUGCAUUAGGAGGAAUCCAGGGCCAACCGCAACAGCAUAUGGUCUCACAAGGGGUCUGAGGAUCUCAUCUCAGUACCUAAUGGCAGUCAGGCUACCGCUGGCGAGCACAUGGAGGGCUGUGCGGCCCCCCCAAAGAAAUGCCACCCCACAUCAUGAUUGACCCACCGCCAAACCGGUCAUGCUGGAGGAUGUUGCAGGCAGCAGAACGUUCUCCACGGCAUCUCCAGACUCUUGUCACGUCUGUCACAUGUGCUCAGUGUGAACCCGCUUUCAUCUGUGAAGAGCACAGGGCGCCAGUGGCGAAUUUGCCAAUCUUUGUGUUCUCUGGCAAAUGCCAAACGUCCUACACGGUGUUGGGCUGUAAGCACAACCCCCAUUUUGCAGGGCUCUGGCAGUGCUCCUCCUGCUCCUCCUUGCACAAAUGCGGAGGUAGCGGUCCUGCUGCUGGCUUGUUGCCCUCCUACGGCCUCCUCCACGUCUCUUGAUGUACUGGCCUGUCUCCUGGUAGCGCCUCCAUGCUCUGGACACUACGCUGACAGACACAGCUAACCUUCUUGCCACAGCUCGCAUUGAUGUAUCAUCCUGGAUGAGCUGCACUACCUGAGCCACUUGUGUGGGUUGUGGACUCCGUCUCAUGCUACCACUAGAGUGAAAGCACCGCCAGCAUUCAAAAGUGACCAAAACAUCAGCCAGGAAGCACAGGAACUGAGAAGUGGUCUGUGGUCCCCACCUGCAGAACCACUCCUUUAUUGGGGGUGUCUUGCUAAUUGCCUAUAAUUUCCACCUGUUGUCUAUUCCAUUUGCACAACAGCAUGUGAAAUUUGUCAAUCAGUGUUGCUUCCUAAGUGGACAGUUUGAUUUCACAGAAGUGUGAUUGACUUGGAGUUACAUUGUGUUGUUUAAGUGGUCCCUUUAUUUUUUUGAGCAGUGUAUAUAACUAUCAAAUUUACACUCGAGUCAAUACAUGUUAUAAUCACCUUUGGCAGCAAUUACAACUGUGAAUCUUUCUGGGUAUGUCUUUAAGAGCUUGACACACCUAGACUGUACAAUAUUUGCACAUUCUUUUUUAAAUUCUUCAAGCUCUAUCAAGUUGGUUGUUGAUCAUUGCUAGACAGCCAUUUUCAAGUCUUGCCAUAGAUGUUCAAGCCUAUUUUAGUAAAACUAUCUAGGCCACUCAGGAACAUUCAAUGUCAUCUUGGUAAGCAACUCCAUUAUAAAUUAUGUUUGUGUAUAUUUGGCCUUGUUUUAGGUUAUUGUCCUGCUGUUUGUUGGAAAGCAGACCGCCAGGUUUUUCCUCUCGGAUUUUGCCUGUGCUUAGCUCUAUUCCGUUAAUUGUUUUGUUAUCCCUAGUCCUUGCCCAUGACAAGCAUAUCCAUAUCACAAUGCAGCCACCACCAUGCUUGAAAAUAUGAAGCGUGGGACUGAAUGAUGUGUUGUGUUAGAUAUGCCCCAAACAUAACGCUUUGUAUUCAGGACAAAGUUGUUAGCAGUUUUACUUUGGUGCCUUAUUCCAAACAUUUGUAUUCCGUACAGGCUUCCUUCUUUUCACUCUGUCAUUUAGGUUAGUAUUGUGGAGUAACUACAAUGUUGUUGAUUCACCCUCAGUUAUUCCUCUUCCAGCCAUUAAACUCAGUAACUGUUUUAAGUCACCAUUGGCCUCAUGGUGAAAUCCCUGGGUGGUUUCCUUCCUCUCCGGCAACUGAGUUAGGAAGGACGCAUGUAUUUUUGUAGUGACUGGGUGUAUUGAUACACAAUUUAACGUGUAAUGAAUAACUCCCCCAUGCUCAAAGGGAUAUUCAAUGUCCCCCCCCCCCCCAAUCUAUAAGUUAUCUUCGUUGCAAGGCAUUGGAAAACAUCCCUGGUCUUUGUGGUUGAAUUUGUGUUUGAAAUUCACUGCUCGACCGAGGGACCUUACAUAAGUGAGGGACCUUACAAUAAGUAUUCAACCUCUUAUGGCAAGCCUAAAUAUGUAUGGGGUACAGAGAUGAGGUAGUUAUUCAAAAAUCAUGUCGAACAUGCUUGCACACAGAGUGAGUCCAUGCAACUAUGUGAUUUGUUAUGCACAUUUUAACUCCUGAAAGUAUUUAGGCUUGACAUAAGAGGUUGAAUACUUAUUGACUUCAGACAUUUCAGCUUUUAAUUUAAUUCAUUUGUAAAAUAUAUAUAUAUAUAAACCUAAUUCUAUUUUGACAUUAUGGGGUAUUGUGUGUGUAUUAAUUAAAACACAAAUUAUGGAAAAAGUCAAGGGGUGUGAAUACUUUCUGAAGACACUGUAUUUGUUGGGUGGUUAUGCAAUACUGUUUUGUAAACGAAAUGUGCAAUUCACUCUCCGACCUGUGUCAGGCGGCAAUACACAACAACACGUCUAGUCUGCCGUAAAACCACACGAAGAAAAAUAAGUAAACGGAAGUGAACAGUGACCAAGAACGCCUUAGCGAUUUUUUAGUUCUUAUUUCGACAUUUAUUAACUUAAAGACAAAUUAACUUUCAUAGCAAAACAUACUUACAAAAGGCAGUCUUUAAUUCGCGUUAGAGACAGGACUUGGUUGAUAUGUGUUAUUUAGGUAACGCUAACUAGCUGCUAAGGUUAUCUAACAAUGGCUAACUGUAAUGGCAACGUUAUGGUUUUUCACACGCAAAUCGCCUCCAUCAUGGAGGUGUUAGCGAAUGCAGCCGUAGCAGAGAUCUGUAAACUCGUAGACGACGACUAUGCAGUGUGUCGUUUGGAAAUAACUCAAAGCCAGAAAGAAAACAGGGGAUUGCGAAGGAAACUACAGCUACUGGAACUGAAGGUGGCACGGGAGCGCGCAGAGAGGACAAUGCGAGAGCGCGUCCUCGGCAGUCGUCCCAGAAGUGUCAAGAUCCUCGACCGAUACAGAGGAAUGACAAGAGGUGAAGGACAUCUCACUGAAGGCCACAGGAGCUUUGUGAAGCCAGCAGGACACAGCACAUGGAGAGAUGACCAACCAAUCACUGUUGAUGAGGGGAGUGGAACCUCAACCCAGCACAUUAUCGUGAUAGAGUCUGCAGCUGCAGAGGCUGCAGGUUCUGGAGUCAAGCAGGAGAGGACUGAAGGAGAGAAGGACCCACGGCACAGCAGAGACAUCCAGACUGGAGAGUCUGGUGCGCCCCCUGUAGCCACGGAGAACCCCACCAUUGCCCCAGCACAGCCCAGGACCCGACACAGCAUCACGGAGGUCAGUGGAACGCAGAACGCCGUUCUCAAGUCAGCGACAGACACCAAGACAUUAACUGUAACACACAGGCUCUUACACACAGGAUCUGACCACAGAUCAGAACCAGAGAUACUGGGUGUGCGGAGACUGGGCGUUCCUCCUGCCCCCAGCUCAGACUAUUUACCGGUAUUUCAUCAAAGCCAGAGGACGGUUCAUUCAAGUGGGCUUGGUGAAUCUUUAGACACUGGAAGUGAUGAUCCGUCGUGUUCUUACUCUACAGAGCUAGACCCUGGCAACAUGCCCUUGGGUUUAGAGAUACAGACUGAUCUGUCUAGAGGGGACUGGAACCGUUACAGUAGUAGUGUAUACUCUGAAGGGUGCCUUGAUAAGAAAGGGGAGGGUCUAGUCGUAGAUGAAGUGACUAUGAAACUGGAGGGUGAUGUUCCUCCCACAUGGAAUGCAGAUAGUAACCUAGGAGAUGGACACUCACAGGGCAGAGAUUUCUUAGAUUACAGGGAAAGCUUAGAGACAAAUCCAAAUGUCACGACCCACUCUCCUUUACACUUGUUCAGGGAUCACGACCCAGUGUCCACAUCGAUGGGCCCUUCCGAUUUACACAGCCACGUCCUUUUCCAUCAGGUUUUGAACUCAAAUGACAGGGAUAGAGCCCAGGCUCAGGGAGGGGGAGCCACAUCAGGCAAUAGUAAAGAGAAACGGUUCAGCUGUACCCAGUGUCACAUGCGCUUCACCGAAGCUGGCACCCUGAAGAGGCACCAGAGGGUCCACACAGGGGAGAAACCCUACAACUGUCCCCAGUGUGAGAAGAGGUUCUCCCGCCAGGACCAUCUGAAGAUGCACCUGAAGAUCCACACGGGAGAGAGGCCGUUUGCCUGUACGCACUGCGGGAAGAGGUUUUCAGAGAGGAGCUACCUCAAGAUACACCUGCAGAAAAACCAUUCCACUCUAUAACAUAGAAAGUAUUCAUUCCACUCGAUAGCUUCUGACGUUUAGAUCAAACCCUGUAUUAAAGGUAGACUCAGCAAGAUGAUGUACAGUACCUUCGGAAAGUAUUCAGACCCCUUGACUUUUUCCACAUUUUUUUAGGUUACAGCCUUAUUCUGAAAUUGAUUGCAGCAAUUACAGCGUCAAGUCUUCUUGGGUAUGACCCUACAAGCUUGCCACACCUGUAUUUUGGGAGUUCUCCCAUUCUUCUCUGCAGAUCCCCUCAAGCUCUGUCAGGUUGGAUGGGGAGUGUUGCGCACAGCUAUUUUCAGUUCUCUACAGAGAUGUUCGAUCGGGUUCAAGUCCGGGCUCUGGCUGGGCCACUCAGACAUUCAGAGACUUGUACUGUUGGAAGGUGAACCUUCCACUCUGGAGCAGGUUUUCAUCAAGAACCUCUCUGUACUUUGCUCCAUUCCUCUUUGCCUUGAUCCUGACUAGGCUCCCAGUCCCAGCCGCUGAAAAAAGAACAACACAAUACGAUGCUGCCACCACCAUGCUUCACCGUAGGGAUGGUGCCAAGUCUCCUCCAGACAUGACACUUGGCAUUCAGGCCAAAGAGUUGAAUCUUGGUUUCAUCAGACCAGAGAAUCUUUGUUUCUCAUGGUCUGAGAGUCUUUAGGUGCCUUUUGGCAAACUCCAAGCGGGCUGUCAUGUGCCUUUUACUAAGGAGUGGCUUCCGUCUGGCCACUCUAUCAUAAAGGACUGAUUGGUGGAGUGCUGCAGAGAUGGGAGAACCUUCCAGAUGGACAACCAUCUCCACAGAGAAACUCUGGAGCUCUGUCAGAGUGACCAUCGGGUUCUUGGUCACCUCCCUGACCAAGGCCCUCCCCCACCGAUUGUUCAGUUUGCCUGGGCAUCCAGGUCUAGGAAGAGUCUUGAUGGUUCCAAACUCCUUCCAUUUAAUAAUGAUGGAGGCCACUGUGUUCUUGGGGACCUUCAAUGCUGUAGACAUUUUUUGGUACUCUUCCCCCGAUCUGUGCCUGUCUCGGAGCUCUAUGGCUUGUUUUUUUGUUCUGAUAUGCACUGUCAACUGUGGAACCUUAUAUAGACAGGUCUGUGCCUUUCCAAAUCAUGUCCAAUCAAUUGCAUUUACUACAGGUGGACUCCAAUCAAGUUGUAGAAACAUCUCAAAGAUGAUCAAUGGAAACAGGAUGCACCUGAGCUCAAUUUUGAGUCUCAUAGCAAAUAGUCUGAAUACUAAUGUAAAUAAGGUAUUAUUUAAUAACAUUGUCAUUAGGGGGUAUUAUGUGUAGAUUGCUGAUAAUUUGUAUUUAUUUAAUCCAUUUUAGAAUAAGGCUGUGACUUAACAAAAUGUGGAAAAGAUCAAGAGGUCUGAAUAGUUUCCGAAGGCACUGUAGAUGUACAAAGUAAACCGCAGUAGUGGGUCAAUUUCCACAACAACUAAGUGUGUUGAAAUGCAAGGCCCAGACAUUGUGGAAUAUAUAAGUCAUAUUUAGAGGGCAGCAGGUAGCCUGGCGGUUAAACGCUUUGGGCCAGUAACCGAAAGGUGGCUGGUUCGAUUCCCUGAGUAGACUAGGUGUGAAAUCUGUCUCUGCCCUUGAGCAAUUUCUAAUUUCUCCUGUAAGUCGCUCUGGAUAAGAGUGUCUGCUAAAUGGCAUAAACAUGUAAAGGUAAAAUGACAAACAGAUUUAUAAGCAUAAAAAGUAUGUUACAUAUUGUGUUUGUACGGUGUAGGCUAUAUGAUGUUCACAAAUGCCUAUUUCAUUACUUCCAUUCAACUACUUUUUAUCCCAGAAUACCUUUAAUGAGAAAAAGAAUGCAGUUCAUCAACUUCAUGCAAAUUUUUUUGUUCAAACGCAUAUGUGUGGUUUUCAGAUGGUGUAUUUAAAACCUGUUUGUUUAAUAAACACAAAAUGGGACUUUUAA